CUGUUGCAAAUGGAACGUUUCAACUACGAGUAUUGUCAAGGACGGAUCGUAUUUGAACGAAGCAGGCUUGUCCCAAAGAUCGUCAAUUAAUGCCCUACUCAUCCUAAAUAGACACGACGUGCAGAAAUAAGCGAAUAUAUGUAAGCGGAGAAGAAUAACCAAGCACAAAAAACCUUCUACGAUGUCACGACAACAGGACACAGACACCGAUAGACUCUGUUUCGACCGAGGAAAAAGCAGUGCCAAGAAUAGCAGUCAUUAUCACGGAGAAAUGAGUGAUACCGAGUCGUCCUCAUGCGGUUUGUCUACUCGAACAGCUCCCGAAGAACAUCUCGACAAGGAGGAUAGAGAGCUAUUCAGAAAGGCCCGACACCACCUAAAACCCUCUAGAUUUUUCAGAUGGAUAACUCAUUUCUAUGCGCAACGCAAGCUCAAUAUUUUCUUCUGUAUUCAUUUCAUAAGUACGAUUGUGAUCUGGAUACAUUUUGCAUUCAUAAAAUUCGAGGAACAGGCCGGAAAAGUUCCAGAAGGUGCUCAUCGAUUUUGGCUCAAACGUCUGGUUCCACCUAUCGAGUUCGGUUCCAUGCAUGCCAUUUUAUUCCAAAUGGCAUUGAUUCCAAUCACAAUGUGCAGGUUUUCGAUCGCUUCUCUCGCAGAAUCUGUUGUCAAUAGAGUAAUACCUCUGAAUCGUGCUCUUGCUAUGCACAUUCAUCUUGGCUAUACAAUGAUUACAAUUGUCUUCCUUGCCACAAUUUUCUUCUUCUUCUUCUUCGGAUUAUUGUGCUCAGAAGGGGAGCAGAAAUUUUGUGAUAAUUUUACGAUGGAGAUCAUGAUUACCGGUUAUUGUAUAUUGGCAACACUACUGAUCAUUGCCUUGACAUCCCAUUUUCGGCACAAGAUGUCUUACGAGGUAUUUUAUGCUUUGCAUCACGUCGUCUUCUUGAUGUACAUAAUUACCAUCGCUCAUACACUCGACAUGGAACAACGAAGUGGAAGAAAGGAGCGAAGCCAGACUUUUAAAUGGUUUUCGUCGACUCUAUUGUACUACUUUUGUGACCGAAUGGCGAUGUACAUGAAUCAUCGAUACUAUACCAAGCUAGUUAGUUCUUCGGUUGUGUGGGGAAAGAAAGGUUCAAAAUUGAUUAUUUUGAAGCUGCAGCGUCCUGUCCUGUUCGAGUUUAAAGCUGGCCAAUAUGCCUACCUUCGAAUUAGCACCAUUAACAACGAGUGGCAUCCAUUUUCGAUCGCCUCCCGUCCAGAUUCUUCUAAUCUUGAAUUUUAUAUCGAGGUCCACGAGGGGAAGACUUGGACGAAACAUCUCUGGAAUCUUUUUGACGAUGAAGUAACUUCGGGGUCAUUUGAUGUAGCCAGUCUGAAAAUUGAAGUGAUGGGGCCCUAUGGAUCAUCUUUAUCUCGCGGCCAGAAUUAUUCGCAUACGCUGGCAAUUGGGGCAGGGACUGGUGUCGUCCCAAUCUUGAGUAUGUACAAAGAACACAUGCACAAACUUUUCCGAUUAGAUCCGAAGAAAUUUUUCAUCGAAUUAAAUUCAUCAGAGAGAAGACAACGUCGAAUUGAGCAAGCAGAGCAAGCACAAACAGGGUCACUAGCACAGAAGAUCUUUCGCGUUUUGAAUGGAAAGUAUUCCUUGCUACGAAAUCACAAAACGAUUUUAACAAGUGGCAGCUCUUACGACGCUGAUAAUCUUCAGGAGGAUGAUCACGAAACAAUAUAUAAAAGUGCGACUGCUGCGACUCUCCCUAUAUAUGGAAGUGUGGUUCUCUCUUCUUUGCCAGUUCUUGGAGUUGCAUUGUUUGCUCUUAUGAUAUCCUGGAGCACUAUCCCAAUAGAAAUAUACCCAUCCAUGGCGAUGAUAUUAAAGUAAGUUUGAGAACAUACAACCUAGUUGUUUGUCGUGAUCGCAUCAUUUACUAACCUCGUUUCUGCCACACAAAUCUUCUGUUGUUUAAGAUAUUUUACUAUUGCUUUCCAGACCUGCUUUGCACUGGUUUCAAUUUUCUUUUGGAAUGCAGAUGGGAUUCUUGCAUAUGUUGACGUCGUCUUCGUCGUUAUCAGUCCAUUUGCUGACUGGUACUGGAUCGAAGUCUGCAGUGACUUUCAAAAAUUGCUUCCAAGUGAUAUCACAUUAUUUUCUAUUCUUAUUUGGUAUAUGAUUGGACGAUUCUGGGUGAAGGCAGUUUCUCCAAACCAAUCAGUUCGUUACCGAGUGACGAAACAUGUUCAGUCUUCACAGGUUGACCAGCUCAAAUUUCUUUGGAUCACUCGAUCUGCUUCCCAAGUAUCUGAGAUUCUUCCAGAUAUUCUCAUGCUCUGGGAUCUUCUUGUCGUAAAGUGGGGGAUUGAAAACGCACAAAAGGUUUGUAAGAUUACUAUUCAUGUCACAGAUCCAAACGAGUUAUCUUGUGCAUUGCUUCGGAAAGAAUACGAAAAUAGUGAAUUUUUCCGCAACGGUGGGAUUAUAUUUCGAAGACCAAAUCUUCGGAGAGUGAUUGAGGACCAUACUAUCGAAUUGAUAAAUUCAAGGGUCAAUUCUCAUUCGCUAUUGGCUUUUUGCGGUAGUCCAUCUCUUUCAAAUGAAAUUGAAUACAACAAGAUAUCUAAUGACGUAAUCACAGCAAUGACAGGCCAUUCUCAGUCCCAUAUGAUGGAUUUUGUUUCAGAGAGCUAUGGUGGGAAGAAGGCAGCAUCAAGUAACAAAAAGCGCAAGAAAGGAGAUACUCUGAGUCUCGAGAUUGAUCACGAUGACGAAGAUGGUGUUGAGGUCCAACUUUUGACAAGUCGAAAGAAUUUGUCGUAUUACUCUAAUGAAAGCUGCUUGGAUUGUCUCAGCUUCAUGGAUAUCCAGAAAUCGUUCGAAAUUUCUGUUUGACAGAGAAAGACUUGUUUAUCAAAUCGUGUGAUACCCGUAUUCGACCACUUCGAUAGAUAGCUCUCCUAUUGCACCUCAAAUAUCCAUGGAGAUAUCUUUGAUAUUGCAAUGGUGUUUUUUAUGGUUCUGUACGCCACAGCACACAACAAUCACAGCAUCGAGUACAAAAUUUCAUAAUUUCGAAUGCCUUCUUUGCAUUUAGAAAGCUAAUGAUUCAAAAUGAUUGUCAUAACGUAUCAACGAGCUUGUGUAUGUUUUUAUGCUUCUGCACGCCACAACCAACACUAAUCACAGCAUCGCAUACAAAAUUUCAUAAUUCCGAGUGCAUUCUUUUCAUUCAAAAAGCUAAUGAGUUAAAAUUGUCAUAUAAACGAUCUCGUGUACUUCAUUUACUCUUUUUCACCACGCGUCUGGUUCAUCAUAAAUAUGACGGUUGCGUUCCUGGGCUCAUUACUCCUUCGAGUUGUCUUUGUAUCCUUCUCCGCCCUCGGCAGGUACCCCAUCGCAAUCCAAGGGUUUGGUGAUCAUGGGACCUUGUGGCAGAAUCUCAAUUAGGUAUCCAUCGGGAUCUUUCACAAACGCCAAUCCUUUCAUUCCACCCGCGUUGGGGGUCUUCUUGAAUUCACAACCGAGUUUUUUGAAGCGUUCGCAGGCCUCGUACACAUCCGGCACGGUGAUACCAAGAUGACCGAAUCCGCCCUUGACACUUUCUCCAUUCGAUACGCCUGUUGCGUCGCCGUUUCCUGUGUUGUACACGAGGCCAUCUUCUUUUUCUGAACCGUAAUUGUAGGUAAGCUCGAUGCAGCCUGGUAUAUUCAUGCAGUAUUUCCACUGCGCGUCCUUGUCUUCGGGAAUAUUCACAGCUUCCACUGGUGCAACAAACUAUAAAUUCGGAAAAGAUGAAAGAAAGAAAGAGUCAGAAACACACCUUCUGCCCGGAUGAGCUUAGCAAAUCUAAGACAUGUCAUAGUUCGUCGUUCUGUGUGUCUGGUACGCACAUAAACAUUGAAUCCCCACUGCGGAAACUCCCUGUACAUCACAAGCUUGAAACCCAACGUAUUGCAGUAAAAUUCGAGUGACUUUACCGGAUCUUUAACCCGGACCAUAACCUGCUGCAUAACGUAGUCCUUAGUUCCUUCCGGACGGUCUCCCGACAUGAAUCGAGAUACAUCGGGAGUCAUUGAAUCUGUUGUGGUACUCAUCCUGAGGAAACCAGAAGGGCUUUGGAGGAUGCAGUGGCGUGAAAUAGUUUUGCUGGAUGAGACAAAGCCAAACGAUUUCUUCGAGAGACCAAGAAUAGUUGCUGUUGCAAACGAUGAAAUGAGUUUCAUAGUGCGAAAGAAAAAUGCAAAUUGGGU